AUGCUGCUCCGGCACGAGGAGACACCCAAUCGACGUAAACUCCAUGAAGGCAACACGGAGCUUGUCAAGAGGAAGUUUGCCGGGCUUGUCGAACGCCGCCAAACGAACAACAUUACUCUCCCCUACGGCGUUCCCAAAGAGUUUGAUCUGGGAAUCCACAACGGGGAACGUUGCGUCGUCAGCAUCACCCUUCUUGAUGCGAAUCACUGCCCUGGAUCGGCGAUGUUCCUCAUCACUUCCAAGGACAAGGCGGUCUUGCACACGGGCGACGUGCGGGCGGACAAGGUCUACAUGCAGCAGCUCAUGCGUGAACCUGUGCUGCAAGAGUUCCUGGUGCCUGCGUACAGCCCGUCCCCCGACCCGAGUCCGAUCCGGCGGCUCGAUCGUAUCUACAUCGAUACGAGCCAAUCGUGGGUGCUACUCUCCUUGAGCCUCGCUGAUCAUUCCCAGGGAAGACACCCAGGACAUGCCCCAGAAGGUAUAACGGUUUUCUUCCUGAACACCUGGUGCUGGGGCUGGGAGGAAGUCAUCAUUGCCGUUGCCAAGGCCUUCAAGACUCGGCGCGAAGUGUACCAGGCCGUGUCCACCAAGUUGAUGGAACCUGUCAGGACCAUAAAGAUGGGCGAGUGGAACCUUGCCGGGUCGGACAUUCUUGCUGCCGCGUUUCGAUCUACUCUCCAGCAGGCAAGUGCAGGAGAGAUUGAGUGGCCGACCGAGAUUCUGUACAGUCUGCAUGAAAAUUUCAUGGGUGCUGUUCCCGACGACGCAGUGCUGGCUACUCAAGCCGAGACGCGCGCAUGGUUUGCUGCGUCGCCCAAGCACGGUGCCGACUGGCUCAUGGCCAUGGACCUCUCGGUCGUCGACAAUGCAGAUCCCCCGCCGUUCCUGGGCCUGAACCUCAACGUAAACCUCAACGCCGGAACGAACCGUAACCUCGGCGAAACGAACCUGCAUCUGAACAUUGGAAACCCGAUGAGCAUGCUGAACGCACUCGUCGGCGGUCCCCUCUUGACGAAUGCGGCAGCACUCUUCGGUGGAUCGACCCGUGUCAUGCCUUCUGGUCCUGCCUCGUCUGCCGGAUUGCACGCUUCGUCUCGCCAACCUGCCACAUCUGGAUCUACCUCAUCGGUCGGGCGUGUACCCGCUCUUACCGUGAAACAGGAGGGAGAGCCGAUGCCGAAAGAGGUCAAAAUGGAGAUCAAGGUUGAGUCCGAAGCGAGCACUGCAAAGGUGCUCUUGCCGUCUAAGGGACCGCGCAAGAGACGCCGCCCAGCGAGCAAGUAUGCGGUCGACGCGGGGAGCCUGAGCAAGCUGAUCAAGCGGGAGCCCGCGGAGUGA